CCGAGCGCUUUAAACUUCACACGCGACGCGUCUUCGUAAACACGCGUCCCUUUCCCAACGCGUCUCUUGUCACUGGUUUCUUUAAUCCUAUUUUCGAAACGUUCGCGCUCGCCCGUGCCCGACUCGGCUCGCCAGUCGAGCCGCGUCCACAAAAGACUCGCAUUCCUGGGUCUUUCUGUCCUUCUGUCCGCCGACGGCGUCGUCUAUUUCGAGUGUCUUACGGAGCGGGUAUUUCACUUUUGCCGCGUGAAAGAAAAUGCGACGACGUCCGACCGCCGUCUGCGAGGAGACACCGCGGUGAAACGGGCCCUGCGCGAUCGCCCGCCCGAGGCCGAACUGCAUCGCAUCGGUUUCGCUGGCCAAAGUGCAUCCACGGAUGCACGAUUUCGCGUUCGAUCGUCCGGUCUCGCGUGAACACGGCCAAGGAUCGAGGCGGCGCGAUGCAAUGAGCGACCGGAGGAGCUGUCAUUUGUAAUUAUCGGUGCAACCGCGAAAAUGUGAUUGGCCUCUGUCGCUCUCGCUGUCUUCUUUCGCGUCUCCAUCGUUCUGCGGCACACUUAAAUGUCUCCGGGCAGAUGCUAUCCAAGAUUUACUUUCUGGGCAUGAAUGGACAGGUGCAACCCUCCAGGGAGAGGUUAGGAGGUUUGGGCAAUAGCACGGUUGGAUUGUUUUCUGGAAUGAUCACUGCAGACCAUGUCUCAAAUAUACAGCUCGAUAUCACAAACAAUGGAGUACCCAUGGAUGAUUGCAAUGUCGCAACAGAAGUUGAUAGUAAAGUCAAGACAAAGCUUUUGUCGAUGUGGAAUAAUGUCAAAUAUGGGUGGACCAUCAAGAUGGUAAAACCAAACUUCUCCAAAGAAUCUCCAGUAUUUCUCCUAGGGAAGAUCUACCGAAAGAAGCCAGAUGAGUUUCUGGAAAAGGCUUCAGAGGCUGAGAAAACCUUAGACACCGGAAGCGAGAUAUCGUUAGCGAUAGACGCUAUUAGUUUCGAGGAUGGUAUAGAGGAAUUCAAGAAGGACUUCAUGUCCAGGCUCUGGCUAACGUACAGAAGAGAGUUCCCAAUACUGAAUGGAUCUACAUUCACCACUGACUGCGGCUGGGGCUGCAUGCUUCGGAGCGGUCAGAUGAUGUUGGCACAGGCGCUGGUCUGCCAUCUUCUUGGAAGAGAAUGGCGGUGGCAUCCGGAUCAGCCAAUAGAAACGGAACAACAACAGUUGGACGAGUAUCAUCAUAGACUGAUCAUAAAGUCGUUUGGUGAUUUACCUGAACGUAUAUCGCCAUUUUCGAUACAUACGCUUGUAUCUAUUGGCGCGCAAUGGGGAAAACGCGCGGGGGAUUGGUAUGGACCAUCCUCUGUAGCACACCUGUUAUGUCGGGCGGUGGAGCACGCAGGUGAACACCAUCCAGUAUUUAGUAACUUGGCUGUUUAUGUUGCUCAAGAUUGUGCAGUUUAUUUGCAAGAUGUGGAGAGCGCGUGUCAAAUGGCCGGUGGAAAAUGGAAAUCUCUCAUACUUUUUGUACCUUUAAGACUCGGCGUUGACAAAUUAAAUCCUAUCUAUGCAUCCUGCUUGACUCAUCUGCUCACUUUGGACACCUGUAUCGGAGUGAUUGGUGGUCGACCCAGGCACUCGCUCUACUUCAUAGGAUUCCAGGAAGACAAAUUGAUCAAUCUGGAUCCACACUAUUGUCAAGAAACCGUCGAUGUGUUAAAAGAUAAUUUUCCUUUGACGAGCUUUCAUUGCGCCUCGCCGAGGAAGAUGUUGAUCUCAAAAAUGGACCCCAGCUGUUGCGUGGGAUUCUAUUUUCACAAUAAAAUUCAAUUCACGAAGUUUAUGGAGGUCGCUCCCUCCUAUUUGGUGCCUGAGGACGAGAAGGUCGACUACCCGAUGUUCUUGUUCUGCGAAGGGAGCGGACGGGAUCUUCAUCAGAAGAUCGAGAUCGCAGAGAAUAUUCCUUCUGCUACCUCCUUCUCAGGUAACGAGUCGUACGACGAUGACCUUGACGAAUGCGAAGAGUUUGAGUUGAUACAAUGAGACGCUAAGUAUUUAAGGACAAUUAGUAGCCUCACGGAAAAAGAUGGUAAUAUUAAAUUCAUCCGGAGAUUCUUCUCUCAUUCGUCCACGCGUGUACAAGGAAGACAAAAUUCGAAUUAAUGACUCCAGUAGAUGCAGCUUUGCAUAAAGGUUAGUCGUUAAAUUAAUUACUUUGUGAAAUCAAUUUUUGUGCCGCGAGAUAUAAAAAUGAUGAAAGAAAAGAGCCACACAAGAGUUCUUUAGAUCUAAAACCGUGACCAUAGAACGGAACGGAUAAGUACAUCACAAAUAUUUUCCAUCCGCGAUAAAAAAAGCGGUGGUGUUGUAGACUUAAAAAAGAGCAUUAUCAUCGUCAACAUGUAAUUCUGUGAUCAUAAUUUAAUGCGGCUUUAUUCUCUUAUACGUUGUUGCACAACACUUUUUCGUUACAUUGACUCUUUAUUUUGAUCUCAAAAGAAACAAAGAAGGAAUACCGAUCGCCCUCAACGAUUGCUAGAUUGUUGAUUUAGCGCGCGCGCGCGCGGUUUAUAAUUAAACUGUAGAAUCAGUUCUCAGAGGGGAUAUUUAUUUGACGCGUUCGCGUUUCGACGGCCGCGUUUCAGACUUACGUAGAUCGUAAGUUGACGAUUUUUGCUAUGAAGAGUAAUUUUUAUAACAUUUCGUAACACGUUAAGGAAAUGUUCCUGAUAUAACUUAUUUUAUAACGCAGCAAUACCGUAAUUCCUUGCAAACAUGACCAUACUCAUUCCUUCGCCGGUCAACACGAUGUACAAGUGACCGUAUUUCACUGUCAGGAAACGUCCAUCACGCGAAUCAGUUUCAUCGAUAUCUUUUUUUUUUUUCUUAUUUUCAUUACGAAGCAUACUGAGUUAUUUAUUUAUUUAAUAGUACUUGUUACUUGCCUCUAACGAUUACUCUGACUACUCGGAACUUAUACUAAGUUCUCGCGCCUCGUCGCGCCUUAUCAUUGCAUUCGACAUAACGUUUUAUGUUAUGAAAGAGAGAAAUGUGCGAUUAAUCGAACGUAUAUAUAUAUAUACAUAUUAUAUUUAAGGCUACUGUUAUCAACUGAGGAACCACUUAAUUUUUUCGAGAAUUAAAUGAAGUGAACGAGAAUGUGAGCAUGAUAUAUAUAUAUAUAUGAAUUCUCAUAUUGUUAAUAGGUCUGUACACAGCUGAGAAAAAUUGUUAAAAAUUCUUAUAUCGGUACAGUUACAAAAUAAACAUGGAGAGAAUUAUAAGAAUAAAUCUUUCGACGUUUAA